CUCACAGAGGAGGCCCCCUUGGCCCGCGGCGGGUCCCGGGCCGGCCGGUCGAUGGCGGCGGAGAAGGACCUGAGGCGGGGCGGGUUCUUGUCCUGCUCCUCGUCUUCUUCCUCCUCCUCCUCCUCCUCCUCCUGUCCUUCCUCCGGCCGCCGUUAGCCCGCGCCGGGCUCCGGCGAGGGGGGCGGAGGCGCGGCCUAGGCCUGGCCCGUGAUCCUUUGCGGUUGUCCAGACUCCCGAGCGGGACCAUGCCGGACCAGGCCCUGCAGCCGCUGCUGGACAGAAGUUGCUGGGUGUGUUUCGCUACCGACGAAGACGACCGAACAGCCGAGUGGGUGAGACCGUGCAGGUGCAGAGGGUCUACAAAAUGGGUUCACCAAGCUUGUCUACAGCGAUGGGUGGACGAAAAACAAAGAGGAAACAGUACCGCCAGGGUGGCGUGUCCUCAGUGCAAUGCAGAAUACUUAAUAGUAUUUCCAAAGUUGGGCCCGGUUGUUUACGUCUUAGACCUAGCCGACAGACUGAUCUCGAAAGCUUGCCCGUUCGCCGCGGCCGGAAUAAUGGUUGGCUCGAUCUACUGGACAGCCGUGACGUACGGAGCAGUGACGGUGAUGCAGGUCGUGGGCCAUAAAGAAGGUCUCGACGUUAUGGAAAGAGCAGACCCCCUGUUUCUCUUGAUUGGACUCCCUACUAUCCCCGUCAUGCUGAUUCUGGGCAAGAUGAUUCGCUGGGAGGAUUAUGUGCUUCGACUGUGGCGUAAAUAUUCGAAUAAACUCCAAAUCCUGAACAGCAUAUUUCCAGGAAUCGGAUGUCCCGUUCCUCGUAUCCCAGCCGAGGCCAACCCUCUGGCUGACCACGUGUCUGCCACCCGUAUCCUAUGUGGCGCCCUGGUCUUCCCCACCGUCGCGACGAUUGUCGGGAAGCUGAUGUUCAGCAGUGUUAGUUCCAACCUACAAAGGACAAUCUUGGGUGGAAUUGCUUUCGUGGCCAUAAAAGGAGCUUUUAAGGUUUACUUCAAACAGCAACAAUAUUUGCGGCAAGCCCACCGCAAAAUACUAAACUAUCCGGAACAAGAAGAAGCGUAAGGCCGUGCGCCCCCCACUGUUGUACAAUCUCACCCACCUGAGUAUGUCGUGUUGUUUUUGAUUCGAUCAUUAUUGCUUAGUGGAUACUUGUGAUAAGUUGCUGCUCCUAUAUUUUUUAAAAAAUAUAAUAAAGCACUUAUGGCAGGGCAGAGAUCCUCUCGGUAAUCACUGAACUUCCCAGAAUGUGAUCUCCUUGAUUUGUGGUAUGAAUUCCCGUAUGGCAGCUGCAUUUCUCAGCAUGGAACAGACUGGACUCUGUGUUUUCUCCAGGCAGAAGCGUGCGAACGCCAGAUCAGGCAAGUAGAGAGGGAAACACAGACUGUUGGCUCCCUAUAGCCUUUUUUUAUAUAUAUACACUGAAUAUGGUAUAUAAGCACACGCACACAUUCCUUCCACAGGUCACCCAACCGUCCACGAGGAGAGUGGGGACUGAUUUCCGUUGUCGGUGUAAUAAGGCUUAACGGCCAGGCAGGAGCGUUCGUCGAUCUGAGUGGACUUGAACAUUCUCAUUGAGAUACGCGGUAGACGCGCUGGAGUCCGGAGGAUGAAACGGUCCCGGAACGUGCGUGAGCCGAUCCGACGUCCCCGCUAAAACGCUCAGGGCCUCCGCUCCUUCCGUCCAGACCGAACGUGAUCUGGACGAAGCGGGAAGUCUGCAGCGCAGGGUCCCCCGAGGGCCUGCCGGGCGGCAGGUGGGAGGCUCUUCUCGCCCAGGCUGGGCCAGGCUAGGGGGAAGGGCGGGUGGGGACCCUGCUGGGUGGGAUCGGGGCCGCCGAUCCGCGAGUGGCUUCCGCCGAGAGAGGACACCGCGAAAGUCGCCCCCUCCGGGACGGAAGCGGCCGCCGUAUCCAGAGGAGACCUCGGAACACUUAUUCUCCUGCCGGUCGAAGGGGAGAGUACCGUUACACGAUACAACUUCCAGACCGCCGGCCCGCAGCCUCCCCGGGAGACGUUAAGACGCGUCUCUUUCGACAGGAGCGGUUGGUGUGGAAGAGGAACACUAAUAUCUCCAGAGUCUAGUCACCAUCGUCCCGGUUAACGCGGCCAGGACUGUACCGAUCCCGGUUCUCCUGAGGCGAGCCUCCGAAGGAAGCCAGCAGCGAGCCGUAGAUGGCCGCGGGCUCGCGUCACACUAACGUCCUUCGUCGUCUUGCGGGGGGACCGUCCUCCCGGUCUGGGGCCCGAAAUUCUCAAAAAAGAUUCCCGACGUCGUUGCUCCAGCGGGUGUCCGGCGUGUGGAGAGCAGGAAACGUUUCCCCUUCCUGCUGGAGAAAAAGGGACUCCUUGACCGUGCAGUGGCUCCGCAAGCAGUUUGUUUUGGGUGCAAUAAUGUCUAAUAGUUUUAGUGAAUCAAAACUUCUGUCUAAAAUGAGAUUCUCAAAUAGGGGGCAUAGUGUAGAAACGUGUCUAAUACCGUCCGUACAGUGGCCGUGGAGUGUUUGAAAGCCGAAGCUAUUUGGAGAAAGGGAGAAGAGACCCGGAUUCAACCGCCAUGGAGAAUCCCGUCCCGUCGGUGAAGGGAGAAGAGCGUGUCGAUUUCUGGGUUGUUUUGAUUUUCGGGUGUAUAGAGAGAUGAUUUCUAUUUUGCGACUGAACCCCGUGAAACGCAUCUGUGUUCUGGUUAGUCUUCCUCUGGAAGAAAGAGCGUAGUUUGGGGGAACUGCCUUUCGGAGCCCCUUCCCGGAGGGAGCAGCUUCUGCUUAGGCAGAGAGCCACGAAAGGCGCCGAGGGGCGGUUGGUUGGGGUGAAGGGGGAUGGAUCGGAGGAAGAGGCGCCCGGGGACGGCGAGGGCGGAUGUCGGGGUCUCUCAGGACGCCGAACACGUCUGCCGGGCCCAGGGAGGGUCGGGAGGCCAAGAGGGAGGAGGGGCGAGGCUGAGCUGUCGAGGGGCGGCGGGGGUGUCGGUUGUUUCAUCUUUACAUCCGAACCUUGUCUCUCUUUUCAACCAUCUGUAAGCUUCCACCAAAUCCAACAGUGGAAACUAAUGGACCCCUACUCUGGGGGCGGAGAGAGUAGCUUCACGGAAAAGUCGCGGAAAACACCAUCCGGCCUACUCUCGUUAAAACAGAACUGUGAAGUGGAGAAAAAUGACAAACUCAGUGACUUAGUCUAUCACUGUCUUGCUAAUUAUGCUGUAAAAUGCACAGAAUCUUGUUUAAUAUUGCAAAAUAUAUCAGUACUGGCUGUUUUCGAUUGAAUAAAGGAUUUUUAUGUUCU